AUGGCACAAACGGGGCAGACGUGGCUCAUUGUCCACGCCGGACUGACGGGCUUCGUCGUCAUACCCGCCAUCGUCGUGUGGCUCCUGACGUUGGGCCUUGCGAGAAGCCAAGGGGAUCCGGCCCGCGUGGCAUUUAGCUGGCUGAAGGCUUGUCAUCCCUUCUUUGCGCUCUCUCUGAUGCUCACCAUCACCUCCGACGUUGCUGGCGUCGUUCGCCUAUCAUGGGAAUACGAAAACGGUUCUUUCGAUCAGGUAGCCCACACAACAUCCGACAUCGACCGCCUUGACCAGACCGACCGGUACGCCAACCAAAUUGCCAUUUUUUUCGAACGCAUCGUCAAUGCCCUGCUUGUCAUUGUACUCGCCGAGUUGGGCAGUGGAUUCCGCCGCGCGCAAAUCAAGAAACCCGCUCCUGGCCGAAACGUCAUCCGCACCGCUGCGUUUAGUGGCGCCUUGGUGAUUUUCGCUGUUUCCGUGACAUGUUUUGCUUUGUCGCUUGCCGCACUCCUUGAGUUUACGCAGUCAAACUCGACGUCGGAUCUUACUGCUGUGGCGGACGCGUGGGACAAGGAUAGAUGGUUGAGGGCCGCUGGUGACAUGAUUAAUUUUGCCAUUUCGGUUGGCCAGGUUAUUUACGCCGGAUAUGUGGUUGGCCAAUAUGCCGGGCUACCAGGAAGAAACUCUGCCAUCUUUUACCUUGUUUCCACGAUUCUCGACGCCAUCCGCUGGCUUGUCAGUAUUGUACUCCUCGGAAAGUGGAUUCUCCCCCAAGAGGAACUUCCCGUCGCUUGGGAUAUCAUCGAUCCCGUCCUUGUUCUUUGGCUUCGCCUCAUCAUCUUGGUGUUGCUCCUUGUAAUUGGAAACCGUAGGCAAGCGGGUCUCUGGAGCACGAUUCAACCCUGGAUGCAGGACCGACGGGCGGACCAUCUUCGACAUUCUGUGCUUUCGCAUGGGCAAGUGCCUUCUACUCAGCCCAUACACUACCAGUAUCCCCCUCAGCCGCAGGAAAAUCCAGGAUGGCGAUUCCCACAGCCAAAUCCGACCCCCGCUGGUGCGUGGGAUCCUUACGAGAUGGCGUCGCCGUACCAGGUUGCGGGACCAGAGGAGCUAGAUUCAAGACAGAUGCAACAGUCUUUGUACUAUACAAGCCCAUGUCACGUCCCCGUCGAAGCUUCUGCGGAGAAGGCGUAG